ACCACAUGAUUCUGUCUCUCCAGUAAUAGUGCUUGCAAAAAAAAGGAGUUUUAAAGCUUUUGCUUUUUUGGAUUGUGUGAAUGCUUCAUUCGCCUCACAAACAACCACAGAACCACAAGUGCGGUGCAAACUUUCUCCAGGAGGACAGCAAGAAGUCUCUGGUUUUUAAAUGGUUAAUCUCCGCAGGUCACUACCAGUCACCGAGACCAACAGAGUCAUUUAAGGCUGCAAGCAGAAUUUACAACAGAGGGUACAAGUUCUAUCUGAAAAAAAAAGGAGGGAGUAUGGCAUCAAACAGCCUCUUCAGCACAGUGACACCAUGUCAGCAAAACUUCUUUUGGGAUCCGAGCACCAGCCGGCGCUUCAGCCCCCCCUCCAGCAGCCUGCAGCCCGGCAAGAUGAGCGACGUGAGCCCGGUGGUGGCUGCGCAGCAGCAGCAGCAACAGCAGCAACAGCAACAGCAACAGCAGCAGCAGCAGCAGCAACAGCAGGAGGCGGCGGCGGCGGCAGCGGCGGCGGCGGCGGCGGCAGCAGCGGCCGCGGUACCCCGGUUGCGGCCGCCGCACGACAACCGCACCAUGGUGGAGAUCAUCGCUGACCACCCGGCCGAGCUCGUCCGCACCGACAGCCCCAACUUCCUGUGCUCCGUGCUGCCCUCGCACUGGCGCUGCAACAAGACCCUGCCCGUGGCCUUCAAGGUGGUAGCCCUCGGAGAGGUACCAGAUGGGACUGUGGUUACUGUCAUGGCGGGUAACGAUGAAAAUUAUUCUGCUGAGCUCCGAAAUGCCUCCGCCGUUAUGAAAAACCAAGUAGCAAGGUUCAACGAUCUGAGAUUUGUGGGCCGGAGUGGACGAGGAAAGAGUUUCACCUUGACCAUAACUGUCUUCACAAAUCCUCCCCAAGUAGCCACCUAUCACAGAGCUAUUAAAGUUACAGUGGAUGGACCCCGUGAACCCAGAAGGCACAGACAGAAGCUUGAUGACUCUAAACCUAGUUUGUUCUCUGAUCGCCUCAGUGAUUUAGGGCGCAUUCCUCAUCCCAGUAUGAGAGUAGGUGUCCCGCCUCAGAACCCACGGCCCUCCCUGAACUCUGCACCAAGUCCUUUUAAUCCACAAGGACAGAGUCAGAUUACAGACCCCAGGCAGGCACAGUCUUCCCCACCGUGGUCCUAUGACCAGUCCUACCCUUCCUACCUGAGCCAGAUGACGUCCCCAUCCAUUCACUCUACCACCCCGCUGUCUUCCACGCGGGGCACUGGGCUUCCUGCCAUCACCGACGUGCCCAGGCGCAUUUCAGAUGAUGACACUGCCACCUCUGACUUCUGCCUCUGGCCUUCCACUCUCAGUAAGAAGAGCCAGGCAGGUGCUUCAGAACUGGGCCCUUUUUCAGACCCCAGGCAGUUCCCAAGCAUUUCAUCCCUCACUGAGAGCCGCUUCUCCAACCCACGAAUGCACUAUCCAGCCACCUUUACUUACACCCCGCCAGUCACCUCAGGCAUGUCCCUCGGUAUGUCCGCCACCACUCACUACCACACCUACCUGCCACCACCCUACCCCGGCUCUUCCCAAAGCCAGAGCGGACCCUUCCAGACCAGCAGCACUCCAUAUCUCUACUAUGGCACUUCGUCAGGAUCCUAUCAGUUCCCCAUGGUGCCGGGGGGAGACCGGUCUCCUUCCAGAAUGCUUCCGCCAUGCACCACCACCUCGAAUGGCAGCACGCUAUUAAAUCCAAAUUUGCCUAACCAGAAUGAUGGUGUGGACGCUGAUGGAAGCCACAGCAGUUCCCCAACUGUUUUGAAUUCUAGUGGCAGAAUGGAUGAAUCUGUUUGGCGACCAUAUUGAAAUUCCUCAGCAGUGGCCCAGCGGUAUGUGGGAGCCACGUCCCCAGUGUAUCAAUAUAUACAUAUAUAGAGAGAGUGCAUAUAUAUGUAUAUCGAUUAGCUAUCUACAAAGUGCCUCCUUUUUUAGAAGAUUUUUCAUUCACUCAGUUACGAUCUUGCAACCGUAACGGGGGUAGAUACCGAGAAGCAAAAGGCCCAAGAGAGACGAUCAAAAUCAGGUUUCAGAUUGUUUUUCUAUUUUUCUUUAAAUAGAAAAAAAAAAUACUUUUACAAACAGGAAAAAGGUAUUUUUGUUGCUGUUGUUGUUUGGUUUGUUAUAAAUAACUUGUUCAUAUGCCAACUCAGAGAGGUGGACUCCAGGUUCAGGAGGAAGAGCAAAGCCGCUUCCUCUGUGCUUUGAAACCACACAUCCUCACGGUUGCAGCUGUGUAUGGACCCGUGCACUCUGCAGACCAGCUUACAAAGCCAGUCGAGGUGCACGUAAAGGGAAAAGAGGUAGAAUGGAUGCUUCCAUUACAGUAGAACUGUUCCAAACUUUGCUUUCAGACUUGCUGCAAGUACUCAUUUGAACUGUUUGGUUCAGUUUUUUUUUUUUUGUUUUUUUCCUACUUUGAUAAAGUGACUUCAAAAAUACUGAUCAGGAUAGGUUAUUUUAUUUUACUUUUUUAUACUCCCCACCCUCUUCCCCAUUUAACCAAAAAAGAAAUACCAUCCCGAAACCUCCCCCCUUCUCCUUUUAUGCAAAACUGAAAAUGGCAAUAUCUUAUUAUAGCCAUAAUGAUAUAGAUAGUGUUUGUGUUUGGCUGUGUGUUAUUUGUUUUCUUUUUUUUUAAAUUAUGAAUAUGUGUAAAAUCUGAGGUAACUUGCUAAGUGAAUGGUCAUAUAACUUUAAAGAUAUAUUUAUAAUUAUUUAAUGACAUUUGGACCCUUGAAACAUUUCUUAGUGUAUUGAUGUGUUGACUUCGGUCUCUAAAAGUGCUCUUUAUUAAAUAACAAAUUCUUCCGUGGGCUAGAGCCAUACCUGAAAUAUUGCUAAGCAAUUUCAGUUCAUCCAGGCACAAUGUGAUUUUUAAGAAUACUUCCAUCUCCAAAUAUUUUAGAUGUAGCUCGUUUUUGUGAUGUAUGAAGGAAAUGUUAUGUUGAGUUCUUCCAGAUCUUUGAUUGCCUCUAACACAGCUUUGCCUUUUAAAGCAAUAAUUAGGGAUUAAAAAAAACAAACGAAACGAAACAAACAAAAAAAACACAACAACUCUUUAUCACUUAUGCUGCCCUCUGUCAGCAUGUAAUGCUGGAGUGAUGUGGUUUCCUCAUUUCUUUCAAAUAACAAUGACUGUUGUCAUAUUAAAAAGACAAGCACAAGGGACUCAUUGAACUGCAGGAAAAUGUUCUGUGGUUUUCAUCGCUAAAGCAGAACUCUAAAUCGCCAGGCUUCCAAGUCAACUUGAAGCCACACGUGGCUGAAGGAGCCAUCGUGCUACACAUAGUACAGAGAAGCAAAAUUGCACCAGAGAUCCUUAACCAACCUGCCUGACCUUACAGUAGGUCGGGGAACCCAAAUCUGCCUUCCUCAAGGCCCCCUGCCAGCAGCUCUCCACAGAAUUUGCAUUUAAAGGAGCAGAAUUGAGUCACUAUCUUCUGGGAGCAGGGUCACCUGAAGUAGCAGGCGAGUUCCAGCAGAUAGCUGAAGUGAGAGAGCACAGCCCGUGGGGUCCCACAUACAACCUUAGACAUUCACAUCUCCCACUGUGGAGGGCAAGGGGGAAGGUAAGGCCAUGUGGAGUUUGGUGUCUACUACUGUGUAUGAACUUGAGCUGACGCCUUCUGUAGGAUGCACUUUGAAUACUCCUGGCAGCCCACAUGGCAGAUUCUCAAGUGUGAAUCCCUAAUCCAAGCCAGGACCCUUUAAUGACACCACCAGGCAGAUCCCUGCCCUCCUCCCCCACAGGUCAGGGCCCCCCACCCUACUUCUUAGCAGAACUUUAUGUAGAAAUUUGCCUCCCAGCCCCCAGAGGCUUCUUGCUCUCUCCAGCCAUUCUCAAGCCCACCUUUCUAGGCCACCAAACAACGCAGGACAGCUUGCAGGGCAGUUGGACCUGUGCUUCUUUUGCCUGGGAGUCCCCCUUGGAAUUAAUUCAUCCUGACUUCUAAUCAAAAUUGAGGGGAAACCAAACCAAAACAAAACACUUUGCCUUCUAAAGGUUGUAUACCAAGUAUGCUUAGAUAAAUAAGCCACUUUUCUAUGACUUAAGUAAGAUGGAAGUAGUAAUUGCUACUAUUUAUUGUUUGUGUGUGGUAGCUUGAAGCAUGCCACUGUCCAUUUAUUUGUAAGUGUAAAAUGUGUGUGUUUGUUUCAGCAGCACUUAAAAAAGCCAGUGUCUGGUUACACAUUUCAAUUUUAAUUAAUUGACAUAAAAAUGUUACCGCCAGUGCCAGCUGUACCCUAUUUAAUUAAAAAAGGUACUAUAUUUGUACGUUAUUUUCUAAUGUUAAAAGGGCUUUUUUAAGUUUACAGUACACAUACUAAGUGACUUUAGGGAUGCUUUUGUGUUGAAAUGUUAUUAUAGUGGCUGCAGGCAGCAACCCAGAAACACUUAAAAAAUUUUUUUCUUGGGAAAAAUUCAAGCACGUGUUUCUUCCACCCUCACUCUAACCACUCCAAUGGGGUAAUUCACAUUUUGGGAUCAAAUUCUGCCCUUUUUUGGCCUAAGGGUUAAAAUUUUCUUUUAUUUUUUUUUUUUUUUUUUUCUUUACUGCACCCUUACUUUGCACUGGGUCAUGUGUAUGAUUUGUGAUUUCAAGACCAAAGCAAAGCCUUACUACUACUACUAUGGAACCACGGAUUAGCCAACACUCUAUUUCCUUCAGGUUAAAAGAGCAUGGCUCUUAUGUAGCAUAAACCUUGCUGGAGUUUACAGCGUGACCAACUUGGCCACUUUUUUUUUUUUAUCUGUUUCAGUUGUCUCACAAAUUUUAACCUAUGUCAGAGUUCCAGAACAGGUACCACAGCUUUGGUUUUUAAAUUAGUGGCAUGACAUCCAGCCUGAAACCGAGAGACUCAACAGAUUAGCUGUUGUUUGUUCUUUAGACUGUCUUACCCCACCAAGACAUUUUAAAAAUGAGCAGAGAAAUCCACACCCUUAGGGACAACCGUUGCAAAUUCAGAGGGGAGGAGAUGUGUGUGCUAGCUAAGAGCUCCCUCCAUUCCCAGGAAUGGGACUGACUCAGACUCUAGGUUAAUACAUGGAAACACAAAGCAUUAUUAGCAAAAACAAUAAUUAUAUCUAUGAUAUCCAAAAGAACAAUAAUAAAUAAAAUAAAAGAUGAGUCUUCCAAACCUUGAAUUUGUGUUCUUAAAAGGAUAAUGCAUUUAAAAAAUAUUUUCUAUGUGAGAAUUUUUUAGAUGUUUGUUUACUUCAUGUUUACAAAUAACUGUUUGCUUUUUACUGCAGUACUUUGAAAUAUAUCAGCCAAAAACCAUAACUUACAGUAAUUUCUUAGGUAUUCUGAAUAAAAUUCCAUUUUUUUUUUUGGAUAUGCUUUACCAUUCUUAGGUUUCUGUGGAACAAAAAAUAUUUGUAGCAUUUUGUGUAAAUACAAGCUUUUCAUUUUUAUUUUUUUCCAAUCGCUAUCGCCCAAGAUUUGCUUUCCAUGCACAUAUUGUACAAAUUCUGCUUUGUGCCACAGAUCAUGAUUGUGGAUGAGUUUACUCUGAACUUCAAAGGGACUAUUUGUAUUGUAUGUUGCAACUGUAAAUUGAAAUAUUUGGCAUUUUUCUCAUGAUUGUAAUAUUAAUUUGAAGUUUGAAUUUAAUUUUCAAUAAAAUGGCUUUUUUGGUUU